AGUUGUCGCUUAUGAUACACAAAACAAUACAGUCGAAUUGAGAACCUCCUCCAUUUUUUUGGAAGUCAGUUAACAUGACCAAUUUGAAGAAAAUCGAUUUCAAGUGUUUCUAGGCAAGACCAGUAUCUACAGUUUUUUUCCCCAAUUUACUGUUUUUUUUUGCAAUAUCUUCCGAUUUUUUCCAAUUUGACCUAGCAACACUGAAGACAAGUCAAUAAGUCAAGCAAGAAAUUAUGUCGCAUGCUAGAAUUUUAGGAAAUUUCUAAUUGUUUCCAAUGAGUUCGCCAGGAAAUUCAUCGUCACCUACUUAUAAACAUUUAAAAUAUAAACUCAAACAGUCUCCCGUGGAAUUCAAAGAAUUAAUGAGAAAAAACUACAAGGACAAGGUACAAAACUGCCGCAAUUUGUUAUUAAACAAAUUCAGAGGACCUAUAGCCGAGACUGACCUAAAAGAGACAUUAAAUGAAAUAUACAAGACCAUUCCUUUCUCAGAUGAUACCAAUUUUGAGCUAGAAUAUGAAGUUCUGAAAGAAAUUGGAAAUGAAUUAGUGCAGGAGGAAACAGAAUGGUGGCUGCAAGAAUAUGAGAAAUCACAAAUGGAGAACAUAGACUGGUCUUCCAUGGAGAAGGAUGACAACGUAAUAUGCCCUUUAUGCAGAAAAGCAAACCUAAAUCUGCACAAUACUGGCCUAUCUUGCUCAAACUGUAAAGCCAAAAUUAACACAACAAUAUCAUUGCUAGAAAUAAAAAAGUCCCUUAUGUGUACAUUAGAGAAACACAAUAGCACAUGCAACAAUGAUGUACAAUUCACACUGGUUCCUGAAUUGAAUGAGUCUCAUGUUUACCUUGUCUGUGAUGCUUGUAGUGACAUGCAGUGUAUAAUUUAAUUUAUUGUACUGUGGACAAACUCCAUUUGUAUAUUUUGGUCAAUUACUUACCAGAAGGUACAAUAAAAGCAAUGUGUCCGACACAUUCACAGCCAAAUGAGCCUUGAAGUUUUGUGCCAGUGUGUGAACCCACUAUGAACACAUGUCGCAGGAUGUAAUAUUUAUUGAACGGUUGUGUGGACUUGUGAUUUAAGAGUCAAGUUACCCAAGUAAUUAAAAAUGUGUGAUCAAAUUUUAAUUACCAAUUUUUACUUAAAUCCAGAUGUAUAGCAGUGAGAUGUGUCUGCAAUAUCGCUGAUCCGACUCACUGUAUCGCAAAUUUAAGAUAAAUAUAGUGUACAUGCCUGUCCCCAAUUACGUCAAUUUUUAAUGUGAUUUCCCGAACUCCGAACAGGUCCAGGACCUAAAAAAAUAUUGUCAUAAGGCAUUCUCGAUUUUCUGAUGUUCCUUGAAGUUUAGGUAAUAAAACUCUACCCAUUCCAAUCCCUGGUAAUGUUUCAAGAGCAUUGCCAACUUUGUUUUAAAAACAAUUACAGUAUAUUUGGUUACUUUUUAACCGACUUCAGAAAAAGGAGGGAGGUUCUGAAUUCAUCUGUAUGUUUUUUUUAUGUAUGUUACGCGAUAACUCCGCCAU